CACAAAGACGUCAACAACAACAUUCUCAGAAAAAAAAAGAAAAAAAAAGAUAAGAUUACCGUUAUUAUUAGAUUGUCAAGGUCAAUUUACCACCAGUUUAUGUAGAUCGUCAGGUUGCGAGCCAAGAGGAGAGGGCGUAAACCGAUGCAUGUACAAACUAGGCACGAAAGGCCAUGCAAACAAGCAGCUCGCUAGCUGGCUGUUGUAAAAACCGCAUGCUACCACCAAACACCACUCACCCGAUAUCAUCUCCGUAUCACGCAGAACUGGCGGUCAUCAACACGCGCUGUACCAGGAAAGCCAACAUCGAUCUCUGCCAUAAAUCCAUUGAUUGCUUUAACACUGAGCUGGUUCGACUGUUUUUAUGCGAUACGCCUCCAGCGAGAUGGAAGGCUCCAAACCCAGUCUGAAAUAAUCCAGUAACGACGUUGUACCACAAGAACGAGGGCAGAGUGGAUCGUGGAUUACCACUUUUUUUUUUAUCAGGACCAGGCCAGCAAACAUUGUCCCACCUGCUGCUAGAGUGCAAGAGUAGGGACUAGUAGGGAACAUAUCGCAAGACUUGUGUCGUGUGCCAGGCGGUGUGUUCCUGACGUGUCAACCAGCUCAGCCAUCAAACUCAAAGACUUCACAACCUGAUGAAUGCUCUGCCGCCAAGUGUAACUUGUAUGUGUUGAGAGGAGGGGUACGGUCGCCGUCUUGCAGUGGAUAAAAACAAAAGCUGAGUCGCCGCUGACGAAACGGGCAUUUUGAGGGGCGGAGAGCGAUAUGUGACCGGGGCAUGAUUGGGUGUUGAUUAGUGCCACGAGCGGGGACUUCCGCAUUACUUGUGCCGAGUGAAUGCCCGUGGACUCGGCACCGCAGUCGACAUCAGCAUGGCCGGAGCAGAAACCCACAAACGGGUGUUCAAUGUGGGAGAUGUGGAAGUGCCAGACUGGAUGAGCAAAGGAAACAAGUUCAUUAAAUGGGAAGAGGAAUCAAGCACAGCAACACCUGUGACACUGCGUGUGGACAAGCAUGGGCACUUUCUGUACUGGAAGAACCAACUGAAGGAGACAGAUUGCCUGGAACUGACCAGCCUUCGUGACACAAGAUACGGCAAAUAUGCAAAUGUCCCCAAGGAUGGGAAAUUGCGAGAAACCUGUUUCAUGGGAGCCCCGGACAUUCCCUUGGAAGACAAGACCCUGACGAUCGUCUUCGGUGCUGACAUGGUCACCAACAACACGCUUAACUUCUGCUCCAACAGCGACAAGCUCACUCAGGAGUGGGCAGAUAUGAUUCUGAAGAUAAGUUACCAUCGUUCAGCCCAGUAUCCGUCUCCAUAUAAGCUUCUAGAAAAAAUUUACACAAAAUUGACCAUAAUGUUGAACAAGGAAGGAAAAAUAACACUAAAAAGCAUCAAGAAGAUGUUUGCAUCAUCGCGGGAAGACAAAAAAAAGGUGGAGAAUGCCCUCCAGGCUGCCGGGGUCCACCUUGAUAAGAAGGAUGACACCAUCGCUCCCGACUAUUUCCGUAUUGAAGAUUUUUUCACGUUCUACAUGAGACUCAUCAGCCAGAAGGAGCUGGACAAAGUCUUUCAAGGACUUGGAGCCAAGAACAAGCCUUACCUGACCACCCAGCAGUUCAUCAAGUUCCUGAACGACGAACAACGAGAUCCCAGACUCAAUGAGAUCCUGUAUCCAUUCUACGAUGUGCCGCGGGCCAGGGAACUGAUCACCGAGUUUGAACCGAAUAAAGCAUUCAUGAAGAAAGGUCAGCUGUCUGUGGACGGUCUGCUUCGCUAUCUGUUGAGCGAUAAAAACUCAGUCGUGGGACCGGAUGCCUAUUUACUAUGCCACGACAUGGAGCAGCCCCUAGCUCAUUACUUCAUCAACUCAUCGCACAACACGUACCUGACAGGUCAUCAGUUGACGGGGAAGUCCUCUGUGGAGAUGUACCGGCAAGCCCUGCUGUGUGGCUGCCGCUGCGUGGAGCUCGAUUGCUGGGACGGCAAGACGGCGGAAGAAGAACCAAUCAUCACGCAUGGCUACACCAUGUGCACUGACGUCUCUUUCAAGGAGGUCAUUGAGGCUAUCAAAGAAACAGCCUUCAAGACCACAGAUUUCCCGCUCAUCUUGUCCUUUGAGAAUCACUGCUCACCAAAGCAGCAGGCAAAGAUGGCCAACUAUUGCCGGACAAUCUUCGGUGAUGCCCUUAUUGUCGAUCCACUAGAUACAAAUCCGAUUGAGGUGGGCGUAGCGCUUCCUAGUCCCAGUGCACUGCGAGGCAAGAUCCUCGUCAAGAACAAGAAGCGACGAGUCGUCGACGGUGCCAAGAAGAGAUCAGCUCAAAAGAAGGCAUCUAAAGAAGGCGAACGCAAAGGCAGGGGUCGUCUAGCCAGUGGCUCCUCGUUCUCUUCCCACUCAUCGUUUGACAUCAAUGAGGAGGACUACGAGUUUGUGCCGAGCCAGAGAACUUCCAGACGAGGGGCAGGUCGGAGGUUGAACAGCCAGUCAUCGAUAGACAGUGAGGUGUCUGUCUCUGAUGUCACCAAAGUAACACGAGGAGUCUCCCGCAAAGCAAGCAAACGAUCUCAGCUGCUGCAGAUUGAUGAAAAAGAUAAUGACCUUUACUCGUCCGAAGAUCACGAAGUGUCAGUAGUGUCCAAUAAGUUGCGUCGUGAGAGUCAAACUUUAAGUCCUAAUAUGGACGGCGAAGCAUCGUCUAAACGUCGGGAGAGCCAAUCUAGCAAACGUGUGAGCAUAGACAGCACUAACGGGGAAGCACCAAGACACCGAGAGAGCCGAAGCAAAGAGGCCUCACAGGAGCCCAUCGUUGAAGAGGGGUCAGUGGUGGUGACCAAAACCCGGCGUGUUGGUCAAAUCCAACCACCGGUCAUUGAGUUUGGAGGUAGGGAAGCUCAAAUUUCCAAAGUUCGGGAUAGCCCAUCAUCCAGCCCCAGACUGUUGAAGAAGGGGCAAGAGGGCCCUGAAACUCCCAAAUUGUCCCGAUCCAAGGAAGAAAAUACAAAUGACAAAGCUAGUACAGAAUCUACAUCAAAUACUGCUCCAGAAAGCACAGCGAAACGAGUUAUCUCCAUAGGACGAAGUGCCUCCACUGCAGCCACCAAGACGUUUUCCAACGACAGCGAACGGAGCGUCGACAGCGGAAUGAGCAAGGCGCCCAGUGAAACCUUGGACGAAGUGGAAGAGGAAAGUGAGAGCGAUGAUGAAGAAAACAUGAGCAAAGAGGAAGUCCAGCGGCAUCAAAUGGAGAAGAGGGAAAGGGGCACAGCGGGUCAAGAAGCAGAAGCAGGACGAGAGAUGUCGGCACUGGUCAACUACAUCCAACCUGUCCACUUCCACACAUUUGAGACUGCAGAAAAGAGAAAUCGCAGUUAUGAGAUCUCUUCCUUCGUGGAGACAUCGGCAAUGAACCGAGUCAAGGAAAACCCCAUCCAGUUCACCAACUACAACAAAAGGCAGCUGUCACGUAUCUACCCCAGGGGGGCCAGGGUGGACUCCAGCAACUACAUGCCCCAGAUUUUCUGGAAUGUUGGAUGUCAGAUGGUUGCACUGAAUUACCAGACACUGGAUCUUCCCAUGCAGCUCAACAUGGGCUAUUUUGAGAUCAAUGGCCGGACAGGCUAUAUCCUCAAGCCAGAGUUCAUGAGGCGAAAGGACCGGCUCUUUGACCCUUUCGCCGAGUCCAUCAUUGAUGGGAUAGUGGCCGCCACCGUGGAAGUCAGGGUCAUUAGCGGCCAGUUUCUCGGUGACCGUCGGGUCAACACCUAUGUUGAGGUGGACAUGAUCGGCCUCCCGGCCGACACAGUUCGCCGACGCUACAAGACCAAGUCCCAGUCAUCCAACUCCAUCAACCCCAUCUUUGAUGGGACCCCCUUUGUCUUCAAAAAGGUGAUUAUGCCAGAAUUGGCCAUGCUUCGCAUCGCCGUCUUUGAAGAGAACGGCAAGAUGGUGGGCCACAGAAUACUGCCAGUGGAAUCACUCAGACCAGGUUAUCGCCACAUCUUCCUCUGCAAUGAGUCUAACCAGCCCCUGAUGUUGCCCACCCUCUUCCUGAACAUCAAGGUGCGGGACUACGUUCCCGAGCGGAUGACCAACUUUGCCGACGCCCUGGCCAAUCCCAUCGCCUACCUAUCCAAGGAGGAGAAGCGGGCUGCCCAGCUGAAGGCCCUGGAGGAAGAGGAAGAGGUCAGGCAGGUCAGAGAGCAGGAGCAGGCAAAGGAACAGGAGAACGGUGAAGACGAUUCUCCCCAUCAGUCAACCACCGAGCGCAAAACCUCUUCAGCGCCAGCCCCAUUCACCGCUGGCAAUGCUGGCACAGGGCCUGCAAACUACCGCAAGAACACCAACCCAUCAGCGGAGGCCAACGGUCUGAAGCGGAGCGCCAAACUUCAGGCCAGCCUGGCAGCCCUCACCUCCCCAUCCUCCUUCGGAGACAGCAUGGCGAUACCCAGGUCUAAAUCACUGGGUGCCGCCCAGUUUCAGAUGGAAUCUCUGGGCUCCCCGCUCAAUCAGACCAGCCGCAGCAUUAGCGCACCCAAUCUGGGCCAGUCAGAAGAGAUAACGGCAGCUAGGCUUGAAGAUAUCAAAGAGCACAAGAAAUACAAGAAGGUGGUGAUGCGGCUGAACCUGGAGCUGGAGAAGCUGAUCAAGAAGGAGGAGAAGAAGCAGAGCAAGACGAAGCGCACCCACGCCAAGGAGCUGGCCAAGAUGCAGAAGUCGCACGAGAAGGCCUUCAAGGCCCUGAACAAAAAGCAGGCCCGCCAGCUCAAGAAGGCGGCCAAGAAGGGACAGAGCAUUGAUGAGUUGAGACGCCAAUUGAACGAGGUAAUGGAUGCUCUCACAAGGGAUAAGGAGAACGAGCUUCUGAAGAAGCAGUCAGCCCAGGUGAGUUCGCUGAUCGACCUCUACAAGAGGCAUUAUGCCGACGAGAGAGACUUGAAGAAGGAGCAUGCCGAGAUCCUCUACGAGCUGCAGAUGGAGCUGAUGGUGGCCGUCCAUGAAAAACAGCUGGCCAAGCUGGACAGUCAACACAAGAAGGAGGAAGUUGAAUUGCGGAAGAGGCUGGAUGAAAAGAAUGCGGAGGAUCUGAAACAGAUGAGCAAGCGGCGAGGCGACAAGCAGGAAAUCAGCAGAUUACGAAGGGAAAACCAACAGAAGUAUAUUCAGCAGGCUGUGUCCUAUCGACAGACGUUGCAUGAGAUUCAGCAGAAGAAGCGAGAGGAGCUGGAGAACCAGAUGAAGGAACUGCAAGAAGAGCUAGCUGCCGAGGAAGAUUCGCAUGCAGCAUCACUGGAUGCCGAGUAUGAAUCGAAAUGCCGACAGCUCGUCCAGGAUCUGAAGAAGAACCAAUCGUCCUCUGAUGGGCCCAUUGUGGCCACCCUCAGCAACGGCGCAGCAACCAGCCAGGAGCGCAUAGCUGCUGUCAACGGCAUUGUGGAGGUUGAGGCUGUGAUCGAACACAAUGGGGAGAGGUCAGACGAGACGGGUGAGGUGGAUCCACCCCGCCCCGCCCAGGCCCUGCAAAAGUCUUCGUCGUCUUCGUCCUCCGCCUCACAGGGUAACAAUGAGGAGCAGGGAAGUUCUUCGCCCAGAUCGGACGGCUCCCGGCCACACUCUCCAGUUAAAUUGCCGGAGUCCCCCUCAUCACCCUCUGAGGGGUCGCCUCGGAAAGACAUCACCCCAACUCCUGGGGGCUCGCCCAACAAGUCCCCCACGAAGAUGCCCCCAGGGUCACCCCAAAAGGUUCUGGCAGAGACAACCAUUGUGUCUCCCCAAAAAGCAGCCAAUGAAAGCGGGGCCCAAGUGAAUGGGACCCCAGAGCCAGAACGGACCGCCUCACCAGUAUCAGUAGGUGAGUCGCCUAAGAAAAGUCUGGAUCUUAGCGACAUAGAGGCCGACAUAAUCACUCGGUUAUGAAGUCAGAAAACUUACAGUGAGUCUGGUAAAGGAAAAUGUGGUCUUCUUGCAAGGGCAUAUACCUAAAAUUAACGAUUACCAAUUGUAUUCACUUUUUAAACCAUUGUGCACGACACAUGUAAUUGGUGCUAAUUGUUAGGGAUCCAAUGCACAUUCCGUGGAAUUCAAGACAGAUGUUGAACUGUUGAGCACACACUCUGAAAGUUUUAUCCUUGCAUUUGUUUUUGUUUUUUUUUCUAACAAGCCGCAUAAAUUGUAAUCACCUGAUUUAUUUUUUUCUAAUCUGUUAGAUGUGUCUUGCUUUUGAAAAGAUUUUAAGUUCUUACGGUGUCAUUAAAUGAUUUUAUCUGCACCAAUUUUUAUAUUCUUACAUGUUCUUUCUUUGGCUGUGUAUUUCUGAGACAAACCUUUGAAAUGUGAAAUCGUCAGUCAGUGAUCAAGAUUUAAGGAUGUAAAUUGAAAUAAAUAAUUGAAAUAAAUAAAUCCAGUAUGCACUGAAUGUUUACAAUACCUGCUUGUGUCUCUAAACUUGUAGGCUUUAAAAGAUUUUAUCUCCUUUUUGAGAUUUAUUAGUAAUGCUGAUCAACUACAAUUAUUAUUGCAAGUAUUUUCAUUGUAAAUGAUCAAUGGUGUUUUUUUAAGACUAACGUAAUUCCAUGAAAAAACAAAAAGUAAUUUACACAAAUUUCACAAAUGGGAUCAGAAAUGUUCCUCACAGGAUCAAAUGUUUUGCUUGGCUAAUUUCUAAACGGAAAAUUACCUUAUUCAGUGAACCUUUAGUGAACAAUUUUUCAUUUACCAACGGAUGAACAAAUUUUAACCUCUAGUUUAUGAGUAAUUCCUACAGGAGGUUGUGGAAACUUAAUCUUUUCAGGUCCAUCGUCAAAACCAGCACGGCAUUUAGAUUUUAGAAUAACUGCUGUUCAGUAGUAAUCGCUGUUGAUAUUUUAAUCAUUAUUGUACAGAAUGAAUGCAAUUUUUACCUGAAUAUAUUUAAUCAAAGGUUUGCUUCUUAAAUCUAAAAUAUGAAUAGUGUCUUUUAAUUUCUUUUAUUCUUUCACCUGCUGAAAUUUUGUUUCAAUGUGCACCCUUGAAAGCAACUGAUGCAUUAACUCGCAGCGUCCUCCUUGUUUUCUAAACCAAAUUGAAGCCAUACUGAAAUUCAGUUUCUUUGUAUUUGUUUGAAGAGGUCAAAGUUCACGGGGGUGAUUUUUUUUUAAAUCGGUCUAUUGAAAGUCAGCUUUAGUUCAAAUUGUGGUUUCACAAGAAAAAAAAUUUCACAGAAGUCACUACCGGUGUGUGUUUUUCUUUUCCUGUACAUUUUUUCUUUUAGACAAUGAGAAAUUUGGAUCUUAAAGCCACCGAGGUUUGACUCUUAUUUUCAGUCCAAUAUUUGUGGGUCAUUUUUGUUAGUGGAUCACACUACUGCCUUGGGAUGAUAGACAAAAAUAAACUUUGAGAUGGAUGUGUGUAUAUAUAGUUGAUAAGUUUAAAUAGGUGUAUAUAGGAACAUAUUUAUAUAGAAUGUACAUGCUCCAGCACUUGAGGUACACGAUCUGAUGUUUGGAGCUGUGUUUAGCCGAAUUCAUGCUUCACAUUUGGACAAAUACCAGUGACAUUUUGUGAGGUUGGUACCUGAUGACCGUAUGAAGCUCUUUUUGUAUCUCAUUUUUGAAGCCAUUCAGUAUUUCAAACUUGUGCAAGGGUUACUUUUUAGAAACUCUAAAAACAAAAACCGGUGGCAAUCGUGGGAAAAGUGUACAAUACAGUUUUGCUGGUUUCAGGAUGCAGCUGUGCACUCUUUCCCCCUUGGAAAGUGCCAAUUGUCAUGCUUGUGAGUUGUUGCUUACCUUUUUUAGCUUGCACUGCCUGUUUCAAGGCUGAUUCUGAAAGCAUUGCAAUUGUGUUCUUUGCCCAAAGGCAGAGAUAUUUCAUUGGUAUCUGCAAUCAAGAUUGGAUCAAGACAUUCAAAUUCCACAAAUUUAGUCUGGGCGUUUAAGAAAUAGCCAGAAUUGAAAUGAGACUGUGCACUCAGCACAAGGGCAAUACGUGUAUAUUGUCAUAGGUUUGUCAUGAAGACAUUUCCCAGUCUCCACACGUUUAUCAAUGCUGCAGAAUGGGAUGAAGACUAGAUACUAGACACCUAAGGAGUACCAAAAGAGCAACCCUUGGUGGGAGUCUUGGGAAAGCAGUCACUUAUUUUGCACAGUCGCAUCCAAGGGGGAUUUUUUUCUGUGGUGCAAUAGGAACAUCAUUAAUUGUGCACUGUAUCAAAUGUUGACAUCAAACAAAAUCAUUGAACAUGUGCAUUUUGUAUGGUGUCAUAUCACACUCGCUCCAACCAACGCUGUGGAGAGUUGUCCAAAUAUUUUGUGGUAGGGAGCACAACUUUUGGUAAGAAGUCUUUGUUAUAUUCAUGGUGGAUAUCAGUAAUUUGGUGUAUAUAUAUUUAAGAUGUAUGAUAUAUAAGUAUUUUUGAACAAAUUAGUCACUCACUUCACAUAAUGGAGAGGUCUUUUAGUCCCCUGGUAGUUCGCCUGCUAAUUUGGGGGCCAUAUCAUAGGACUGAAAAAUGCAUGAGACCAACUAAGGUGUCGGGUGUCAUAUUAAACAAGAAAACACUUUGGAAUCAGGAAGUAUAUAUAAAUACGUAUAUUUUUGAUAUGAAAUGGUAGGAACAGGCUUUAAAAAUUAUAUAUAUAUUGAAUAUAAACACAAAUGUGGCACAAAGAGAAGCAUUUGGAAAUGAAGGUUUGUAUACUAUUUGGAAACUGAUGCCUUUGGAGUGGAGUGUUGAGGAGGAAUGUACAAGAUAAUUGUUGGGUUCACAUCUGAAGUUGCAGGCAACUGCUCUGAAGAUGAAGCUGUCAAUUUAUAAUUACUUGCAGCUUUAGUAUGUUUUUUCUAGUGUUUUCCAAGGUUAAAAUACUUCUUUCAGGGACACAGAAUGUUAAUUUUUUUACCAUUUUUCCCACCUGGAAUAUCGGAACACCCCCUUUGCUUUGUGAAUGAUAUCACUGACUUUCAACCCAAAGUUUUAGAAAGCUACCGAUGUUGAGAUGGUUCAUCCAGGUAGGGUGCGUUCCCUGCGUAUUGUCAAUGAAGGGAAACCUGUAGAGUUGUGGACCCAACAAUUGCACCCUAUAUAUUCCCCAAUAUCAUUAAAGGGAAGAGUGUCAGAAAGGAGACGGAUGUAAAUGAAGACUUUUUAGCCACUGGAUUUGUUUUACACUCGGCAAGUUUUGCCAUCUUGACUUGAUUGUCGUUGUAGAUUGAGGCCUUAAGAUAUUUGGUUGAAGUCUGGGUGUUUCAAAGUUUUCCAUAAAAUUGGGUCUUCUCGUACAUGUAGAUUAUUUUGUACGGUGUAAUAGUCUCCAUGUCUCUGAUUGUUUAAAUGGUUCGUGCCCCAGAACUUCAAAUCCACUUUGUCCAUAUUCUUUUCAUUUUAGAGGGAUUUUAAUCCUCAUGAUCGUAAUGAUGUACAUAACAUAUUUUCACUUGCAGUUAAAAAAAUUACACAGAGGACAUAAUGUGUGUGCAGGGAAAUUUCAAACAUUAAUGUAAAACAGCACAUCCCACCAUUCAUUAAAAGUUUUGUGGUUUUUAAAUAAACAAUAUAGCAACAAAUUAAUAAGAAAAAAAGUGAUUGUUGAUAUAUUUGUACGUUUUUCUCAAGAAAGUGUGAAAACAAAUUUUACCUUACUAAAAGCCCGAAGCACAUUGUUUAUCAUUUGUAGAAGCUGUUUUAGUGAUGAUAUUUUUUAAGGAGAUUACAUUUUGACAUGUAAUUGUACUUUACUAUUGGAUUAUGUCCUUCACUGAUAAUUCUACUUGUAAAAGACCCUUCAUAUUUUACUGCUGACAUCUCCAGUUGUUUGCUCUUUUUGACCAACAAUUGGGAAUACGCAAGUACCUCACUCCUUGUUGACAAUGCAAUUGAAACACCCACCCUUGUCCCAUUUGCCUUCUAAAAUGUUUUAAUCGCCCCACGCGUGAUAUCUGCCCCUAGAAAUCCUGUCCGUGUAAAUCUGUAUGUCACUGGAUUUUGUCCUGUUGACAUCGGGCUUAAACUAAAUCUGAAAAAGCCUGUGAAAUCAGACGAUCGUUUCAGCUGCCCUCUAUUUUGGAUGAAGCCACAGUGGAUUUGGAAAACUGUAGGCUCUCAAUCAGAGUGGCAUGCCAUUUGAAGUAAAACUUGGAUCAGUUAUCCAAAAUUCUAAUUAGUUUACGAAAAUUUGCGGUCAUACAUGCAAGGAUGUAUUGUCACACUGAUUUAAUGCAUUCAUGGUCGUAAUACUUUACCGUGACUAUCGGCAGUAGAGGCUCACGCCGUGUCAGCCACUUCUGCAUAUAGGAUCUUUACUACCAUUUUUUGCCUAUUUCACUGUGCUUCUCACACCAUUCAGUAGGUCUACACAACGUAGAAGCAUUGUUGUCCACUUUCAUCAUGCUGUAAUUUUUCCCGCUCCUAAUUCGAACAACCAACAUCAUAUUUCCUUAUCGUCUGGGGAGAAAAUGCACUUUCUCUGCCGUAAAAUGAUGCAGUAUUUUAUCCAAAGGAUCAAGGCGUUAUUUAUAUGUGACCAUCACUUGAGGUACAAUACAUUAAUGUGUGAAAUUCGUCAUGGAUAUGUAAUUUUAUGAAUCUUGCUAAUAUUGAUCAAAGUUAAUAACAGGUGUUUGAGCAUGAUCCUUUAUCAGUUGACAGACGUUGGAAACAGACGAGAGUUGUUAUCCAUUUUAUCAAAAGUGAACCGUAUAUAGUGGACUUACGAGUUGUGUUGCGAGGUUAAAUGAAUGAAAGUAAUGCGCUUGCUACAGUUAUGCAUUGAAUGAAUUUGUGCGAAACUAUAGUGAAUAGUUUCUGACCGGAGACUGAAUGACGUAACUAACCCGUGACAGACUCCUGAAUACUGGCUAAAAACAAUUGGCCGUUUGUGGUAAUAUUGCGAAACAUGUGAUUCCAUGUUCCUUUCGGAUUCUCAGAAUGAUUAAAUACAUAUCCAUUACGUUGAUAGCAUUUUUUCAUUGAAAAAUAACCCAAGCAUUUUGUAGGCGUUUUCAAGUACGUUAGGCCCGUAUAUUCGUAUGGGCCUAAUUUUUCCUGGUUAUUGUAUAUAGGGAACUCGUUCACGAGACAAUACUCUUGGUUCGCGAAAUAACUUUGUGUUUAAAAAUGUAAAUCAAGAUAGAGACCCGUGAUUCUCUUGAGGGGAUGUACUUUCAUAAAUGUCUUUUAAAACAGAUUUUACCAAGUUUGAUUUUUAAUUAAAGGAAAAUUAAAGCAUAUAAAUCGGACUGUGAUACACCAGCAUUUAUUUGAGUGGAUGUUGUUUUGUCAAUAAAGGAACACCAAUGCGUUUUUUCAUUGAA